AUGCCCUCUGUGAUGGAGCGGUCGACCGGGGUCCUGUCCAGGAGCAGGGCCAAAACCAUCACCAACGGCAAACAGCCUCACUCAGAGGAGGAGAGCAGUGAUGAGGAGCAUGCUCCAGACAGUAUGAUCCGUGUAGGAGGAGACUACCAGGCACAGAUACCAGAGUUCAGACCAGACAACCCUGCUCGCUACAGUGAGAAGGACCACAGGAGUAUGCUGGUGUGGUGUCCAAACAGUCUGGUGUCUGAUGCCAUGUUGGAUGAGUAUAUUCGCAUGGCGAAGGAGAAGCACGGUUACAACAUGGAACAGGCUCUGGGCAUGCUGCUGUGGCACCACCACGAUGUGGAGCGUUCUCUGGCUGACCUGGCUAACUUCACGCCCCUUCCAGAGGAGUGGAGCGUGGAGGACAGGGUGCUGUUUGAGCAGGCUUUCUCCUUCCACGGGAAGAGCUUCCACCGCAUCCAGCAGAUGCUGCCAGACAAGCUGAUCUCCAGCCUGGUGAAGUAUUACUACAGCUGGAAGAAGACCAGAACCAGAACCAGUGUGAUGGACAGACAAGCCAGAGACUGAGGACAGGUGAGACUGGUCCACAAGAGAGAGAGAGAGGACAGCAACGAUGAAGUAGAGGAAGGCGACCCUGGCAGUGACAGUGACUUUGAGAUCGACACCAAGAAAGAGGUGUUGAAGCAGAGCUCGGCUGUGCCGCGGGGCUCGGGCCUGGUCAGGAAGGAAAGCCUGGGGGCCCAGUACCGACACCACCCCCUGCGGGCACGCCGGAGGCCCCCCAAGGGCAUGUACCUGGCCCAGGAAGACAUCAUGGCCCUGUCCUCCUCCACAGACACCGGGCCCUUCUCCCUGCGUCAGCUGGACACACACUUGGUGUCCCUGAAGAGACAGGUCCAGAGUAUCAAGCAGAACAACAGCUUUGUGAAGCACAGUAUGGCUGAAGGCAUAGACUCCCUGAGACCCACAGAGCCUGCUCCGAAGAUGACAUCACGUUGGACCACUGAAGAGCAGCUACUUGCUGUGCAAGCCAUCCGUCGCUAUGGUAAGGACUUUGUUGCCAUAGCGGAGGUGAUAGGCAACAAGACGGUUGCCCAGGUGAGCAGCUUCUUCGUUAGUUACCGUCGCCGCUUCAACCUGGACGAGGUGCUGGGAGAGUGGCAGGCCGAACAGGAAGUACCCAGCGCCCAGGGGAACCCUGGGAAACGUAGGCCCCAGGAGGUGAAGGAGCCCGGAGGAGGAGAGGAGGUGAAGAUGGAGGAGUCUCCCCCGCCAGACUCCGACUCCCCCUCUCCCCCCUCCUCCACCCACACCCCGCCCCCUCUCUCCCAGCCCCCCCCUCUACUCCGCCCAGCCCCCCCCUCCGCCCCCCCCAGCCUGCUCCGCCAGCCCCCCCCCCUCCAGACCCGCCCCCUGCAGAGUCGCCCCCCUCCCCCCCUCAUCCGGCCCGCGGGCUCCCAGCAGCAGGGGGGCACUGUGAGGGGGGCUAGCACCUCCUCUCUCUCCUCCUCCAUCCCUCCAUCACUGGUUGGCCUCAAGGUGGAGCAGCCCAGCUCACACUGAUCCCCCUCCCUCCCCCCCCUCUCUCUCUCCCCCCCCCCCCCCUCCCUCUCCCGUCUUCUCCAUGCCUGCUCACUUAUCUCCUUCCACUGCUCUCUUCUCCCUCUCUCUCUCCUCCCUCCCUCUCCCUCUCUCUCCUCCCUCUCUCUCUCUCCCCCGUCUUCCUCUCACCCGUUCACCCCUCUCUUCAAGUCUCCUGGACCCAGGACUGAAGGACACACUUGUGAGCUGGCACACGGCUGUAUCCAUAGCAACUGUCGUGUGAGACACAGCAGGGUGCAUCAGUUCGAGAUGGGAAUUCUGCCCCUCCCUCCCCAGGUGAAGAGGAAUAUGGGAGGCAAACACUGGGUUGUCGUGGUGAUGAAUGCUGCCAUGACAACAGACACCCUCCCGCGUCCACACACAGACAACACCUACUGAGUACCCCCCCCCCCUCAUCUCCAUGGCAACUGUGGAACAUCUGGAAUGCGGAUGAGAGACACAGAGGCAUCAAGUUAUGGAAUCCUCAUUAUCAGGAAGAACCAUGUAAUUCUAGAACCAAUUGAGAGAAUCUUUCCUUUGACCCUAGUGAGCACCCUUAGAUAGGUAGCUAGUGUGCAAGUAGCUAGUGUGUAAGUAUGCUUCUUAUUGACCAAGCACUAAAGAAUUUACUCUAAAUACUUGACUUUUUGGUUUCUCACACAAAUGUUGCAAAUCGGCCGCUAAACUCCACCCUUUAGGGUUUAGAUGUAGAGCUUGGUAUGUAGGGCUUAGUGGUUGAUUUAGAAUAAGGGCCCUGUUCCAAUAUGUAAAAAGGGAAAAGCAAAGUAGAGCUCUUUUUGGAUUGAAACUCGGCCCAGGUAAGAAAACAGUUUGUGUGAAGCUGUUUUUGUUGUUUUACUGCUUGAAGAAACUGUUCCAGUAACCUUGACUGUGAAAAACUUACUGUUCGCCCAAAAUCCUGUUUUUGUGUGAGAAUUGUUUACUUGAACUGAAACUUUCUUUUUUGAAUAAAGAGACUAAACCUGUG